CACGCCCCGGGGCGGGCUGCAGCGCUGCGGGGGAGGAGCUGCGGCGAGUGCCCGGCUACUGUCCCUGCCGGGCCCGCCCCGCAGGAGCCGGCUCCAGCCUGCCGGGGCGCGGCGUGCGGAGCCCGAGCCCGGAAUGGAGGAGGAGGAGGAGGAGGAAGAGGGGCUGAACCGCGGAGCGCAGGCCCAGCUUCAAGGCAAGGUCCUAUUUCUUACAAUAUGUGCUGCUGGGAUUGGAGGGACUUUCCAGUAUGGCUACAACAUCUCCAUCAUCAAUGCUCCAACUACAUACAUUCAAACAUUUAUAAAUGAAACAUGGCUAGAACGCACAGGUGCAUCUCUGGAGAGCGGUGUGAUAUUGCUGGUGUGGUCUUUCGUUGUUUCUGUCUAUUCUCUGGGGGGACUCGCUGGAGCGCUCAUUGCAGGACCCAUGGCAAUCAAGCUGGGAAGGAAAACAUCCUUGCUGCUGAAUAACGCAUUUGUGAUCAUAGCUGCAGUCUUGUCAGGAUUCAGCCGGAUGGCCAAAUCCUUCGAAAUGAUCAUGCUUGGCAGAUUUUUCACUGGAAUCAAUGCUGGUGUGAGCAUGAACAUUCAGCCCAUGUACCUGGGGGAAAGUGCUCCCAAGAAGGUCAGAGGAGCAGUGGCCUUGACUUCUGCAUCAUUUACUGCCCUGGGGUUGGUGCUGGGACAAGUUGUUGGAAUUAGAGAACUAUUAGGGGGAGAGGAGAGCUGGCCUCUUCUUUUAGCUAGCAAUGUGGUGCCUGGUUUGAUCCAGCUGAUUACUCUGCCUUGGUUACCAGAAAGCCCUAGGUACCUCUUGAUUGACCGAGGUGACAAGGAAUCCUGCAUCUGUGCAUUGCAGAAGCUGAGAGGUAAUGGUGACCUGAGCAGUGAGCUGGAGGAAAUACUAGCAGAACAGGCUGCCAUGAAAGGUCAGAGAGCAAAGAGUCCGUGGGAGCUGUUCCAGAAUCCAGCUGUAAGAUGGCAGCUAAUAAGUAUCAUUGUGCUGAGCAGUGCCAUGCAGCUCUGUGGAAAUGACUCGAUGUAUUUUUAUGCUUCCUAUGUGUUCCAAGAGGCUGGAAUUCCAUAUGAUAAAAUCCAAUAUGUCAUUAUCGGCACCGGGUGCUGCGAACUGAUCACAGCCGUUACUUGUAAUGCAAUAAUAGAGCGUGCCGGGCGGCGGUUGCUGAUUCUGGGGGGAUACAGCCUCAUGGCAGUAUGGGCCAUCGUCUUCAUGGUUGCUUUAUCCCAGCAGAGUCGGAUUAGCUGGAUGCCUUACCUCAGCAUGGCGUGUAUUUUCGCCUAUAUCCUGAGCUUUGGAAUUGGACCAGCUGGUGUGACAGGAGUUUUGCCAACAGAGAUUUUUGAUCAAAUGUCUCGUCCAGCUGCUUACAUGAUCUGUGGCUCUCUGAUCUGGUCCAAUCUAUUUGUAGUUGGAAUGGCCUUUCCAUUCAUUGUGGAAGGUCUUGGUCACUUCUGCUACCUUCCGUUCUUCACGGUUUGUGUCUGCACCGCUCUCUAUGUCGGGUUUUUUCUCCCCGAGACAAAGGGGAAGACCUUCCUGGAAAUCUCCAAUGAGUUCAACAAGCGCAACUUCAAAGCUCAGACAUGUGAGAAGUUUUGGAAAGGCCCUGAGGAAAUCAAAUCCACUAUGUUAUAGUCUGGGAAUAAGUAAAGGUGGCUGGUGGUUGGAAAAUAUCCUGAGAUGUUUCUCUUUUCUUGUUAGGGUAGAGACAGAAGAGGUGGGGGCUAGGGAGAAGAUGCUAGUCUUGGUUGUGUAGUGGAAAGUUUUCAUACUAAAGCAGGAAGUUCAGCUGAUGUUUGUUAAAAACUUCAUUUGUUAAAAACAGUUUGCACUGCAUUUCUGCUUAGAACUGUAGCAUUUAUUUAUUCCACAGUGCCCUUUGCCAUCUCUUGGGAGCAUCCACAGUGAGAUGCUACUUUGACAAACCAUUUUGAAAGCUUCUUUUAAAAAGAAUGGAUCACACUGGAUAUUAUGAUUCCAUUUAUUAAUGGUUUAUAAAGGGUUAAUAAAAUAUUAAUAGAUGUUAUACGUGUUACAGACAUUAGUACUAUGCGUUAUAGAUUGUUGUAAGCAGAAGGUGUUAUAGAUGGUUAUAACUAGGGCCCUCAUUAAAUCACAAUUUCAUGGAUACCACAGAAAUCGUAAAAAUGCCCCAGGACCCCAAACCAUGAAUGGUAGUCAAUUCAUGUCAGGAUGGAAUCAGUUCCCAACCUUGAAAUUGACUCAAUUUAGUUGUAAACUUCAUUCCAUCUUUGAAAUUCACUAACAUUAACUGUAAAAUUCAUUCCACUCAAACUCCAUGAAAUUCAGUACUCUGCCAUUUAAACUGUUGUGGAUUUAAAAAAAAAAAGCAGGGACUCUAAUCAAAAGCCACCUAUUGACCUUCUGGCCUCUGUAAUAAUCUAUAACGUUUGAUUAACCUUAUAUUAAAAAUCUGUCAACCAUUCAUUAACCCAAUAAUUCAUUAAUCUUUUACAAGCCCUUUAUUCAUGGAACAGAAAAUUAAAAUAUGAGCAAAUAAUGUAUUCAUUUCCCCCCGACCCUUCUGCUUCCCUUUCUCCAUCAAAGUAAUCACUUUUGAUUUAUUUUUAAUUUUAGACAAAUACUAAAUAAAUCUUUAGAGGACUUUUAUUUGGGGGAAAUAUACACCUAGCACUUAGUGACUUGUCACUGUUUUCUCCUGCACAAUCAGCUUGUGUUUUCCUCUCAUUGAACUUCCCCACUAGUUGUGGUUCAAAUAACCUCAUGCAUUCAGAUAAGGGGCACUAAUGCUGCCUGUGUCAGUGAUGAGAUUCAGUUAUUGUUUUUUGUAAUCCCAUCCACUCAAGUGCAGCACAGGGACAUUCAUCUUUCUGAAGGAGAGUUGAUUUUUAACUGCAGUAUGUUUUCCAGACACAUAAUAUGGGAACAUACCUGCUGCUUGAGAUCAUGAGUUUAAUGAGUUGAAGCCUAAAACACCAUGAUAUGUUAUUAAUUUUGAUCAUGCCACUUAUUCAGGUGCCCUAAUAUGGAUUUAGGUGCCUGAGUUUAGACACCCAAAUCUGAAAACUUGGGCCAAAAUGUUUAGUACUUAAAAAGGGCCUUUAUUUAAAGAUCAUCCAUACCGGUCUAGCAAAUGGGGUUUCCCCAGAAUUAGCCAUUGACUAUUUGAUAAAUGCAAUGACCCAUCACAGUGUGCAUGUUUGACAGUCAAAAUAUACAGACACAUUAGGUGUGCAGAAGUCCUCUGUCAUGCCUUGUGCCUCAGCUGCCCCAGGUGUGUGUAUACUGACUGUUGUGUCAUCGUUCACAUGAGACAAAUGACUGAUAAGUCUCAGUGAAAGUUUAACGAUCAGUUGGUAUUUUUCAAGGCUAAAUGGCAUGUAGUUGGGAACCCUCAUUUAAAGUGUUACGAACUGGUUGUAUAUUCUGUUUCUCUCUGAGCAGUACCAGACCUCAGUUUAAUACUUAACUAUAUUUCUUCGUUAGCCCUUCUUCACUCAAACAAUGUCUACCUCGCUAUAAUCCUCUCAACUCUUUGCCUCUAAACCUGACUCUGAAAUAAUUAAUCAUAUUAAGGCCAAUCUUAAAUUCUGUUUUCAGAAGCCAGAUGACAUUUUAUUUCCUCAUCUCAGUGCUCAUGUUUUUGAUGGUAUAAUGUGACCUCAGAUAGAUGCCAACCUGUUGAGCAAUACUGGGCUGUUAAUCAUUUAACAGGUUGGGAAGGAAAGCACCUCUUCCUACUUAAUCAGUGACUUCUUGUACACCUGACUUUUGGGCAGUGCUUUGGAAUUAUUUAUUCUGAACUGGUUCUCUUCAUAGCUUGCUCAUAGUGGUUUAUGUACAUUUUAAAACGUAUACAGCUACUUCUCUUGCACUGUUUGUAUGAGAGGCACAUGGGCUCCCAGGGGUGCUCUUGAUACUUCUCAUAGGGCUUGGUUCUUCAUGUAAGCUUUGCCAAGCUCAGAGUAGAGAGCCAGUCAUGGCGUCCUGAUCCUGUUAUGUGCAUCCGGCUCAAGCUCAAGCUGUAGCAGGCAGAUGUAACUUACACCACCACUGGAGAAUCAGAUGUAGCAAAAGCCUUGUUCCACCCAUUCCAUUCCCCUGUGCCCACUGCCUUUCCUCCUCACCAUACAGGGAGGGGAGGUUCUGGUAAAACCAGGUAAUGAAGCCAGCAACAGCAAAGCAGCCUCUUCCAGCUUUACGCCCACAGAUUCCCCCUAUGUGUGGGUAGUUUUCCAGUGGCAAUCUCUGGCUGCUUUUGGGUAAGCCGUGAAGAAAGAAUCUGGCAGUCCAGAAAAUCUGGCUCAUAGACAGGAGCCCUUGCCAUGAUACUGAGGUUUGCUAGCACUGAAAUGUUGGCCUGCUAUAAUAGCUGGCAUGCUGUAUAUUAUCCCCUGCCUUAAUGGGCCAAAAGGCAUACCUCGUGUAAAUCCAUUAAAGCUUCAUAGAAUCCAUUUGACUUCAGUCCGGGUCCACUCCAGAGAUAUUUGACCCAAAGCACUGAAGUGCCGCUGGUGUCUCUCACUGUUUUUGAAAGGCUUGACGAGGGUAAAUGGUUGCUUUGGGGGUUAUUGUUACCAACCUUUGCUUGAGAGGCUACAGUGAAACUGCCUUUUCUUCUUCUCUGGGACAUUUUGGCUUUGUGUGUCUGCCUGGCUCCUGUAACCUGACCAGUCCCUCAAAAGCCAAAAAUGAAAUGCUCACAAUACGUCAGGGGCAUGCUCAGCAUCUGCCAGCCAAGUGACAGAGGUGUGCCAUACUUCAGACAGCUUUGGUGCCAUGCUCCUGGCUGCCCUCCAGACCUUGUCCUGUGGCAGUUAACCACUCACACGGUAAAAGUGUUGUGAGCUUGCUGCUUGGGUUAACAGGAGCCCAGAGGAACAGUCCCAGGGAAGUAGGCACUCGUAGGGACAGCAAACUCCGCUUCCAAGCUCUGACUCAAUUUUCUUUGAGCAUUGCAUAGAUUUCAAUAUGACUAAACAUUAUGCAUCUUGCCCAGCAGUUAUUCCAGCAGUGGAAUCCUAUGUUUCACCUUUGAAUCACUUACUUCUUAGGGACAAAUUUUUACAGGUAUUUAGGUGCCUAGUGAGAGAUUCAAAAGCAUAUCCAAGGGCCUAGCAUUAAUUGAAAUCAAUGAGUUUUAAACACCGAGGUGAUUUUGAAAAAUCCCCCUAGAUGUUUAAUUAUCUUUAAAAAUCUGGCCCUGAGUGACCAGGUAUUAAAUGCAUCAGUGCUUAUUAGUCAUGGGGCUUGAGACUAACAUUUGCUCUCUCAGUCACAUCCUUAAUUGUGCAAUAAGAAACUUGGCUUUGGGCUGAAGCAUUUCCUGUAGAUUUAUCUACCAUAUGUGUUUUAAGGUCGCUAGCAUUGUGGUACUUGUGCACCGAAUUGUAGCUGUCGGGGUCAGGGAUCUUCCCAAACAACCCACUUUCUCUUACAGUGCAUGAAAUGAAAAAGCACAGUUAAAUGUUCCUGGAAAGCAGGUAUCACUGGCCAGAUACCAGAACAAUGUAUCUUUUUAUGGCAGAUGUAGAAGCUUGUUUGUGUUAGGUGCAUUGUGUUCCAACAGUAAGCAGGAUGUUCCCAACAGUGAAAGACUCCAGGAUAGCUCCAUCAUCUGUACAAUCAGAAGUCCCAUAUACUAUACUAACCAUUUCAGCAGCUGAGUGCAGAACAUAGCCAGGGCUUCUCGUUUAGUACAUACCUAUUACUGUAGCUGUUGGGCAUGUCUGUGAGCUCCACCUGUGUUCUCCUCCAGUUUUUAUUUAUAGCCUGCAAGCCAUAAUCCAUCCAGCUCUUCUCUUCUGCUUUUGCUUAUGUAAAAGCUACAGUACUGCUGCUGGCUAGUCACAAAGGAGCAUAUGCAAUAGAGAGAGAAAUUUGUUGCCAAACAGCUUCAUUUGUACAAUUAUUUUAAAACUGUAGAGUUUAAAAAAAAACAGUAUUCUUGAAUGCAAUGAAUUUAAAUGUAAAAUCCUGAAUGUCUGUUAAUUUCAUGCUGGACAUGACUGGAAAGGAAGAUUUGUUUUGUAGAAAAGGAAGCUGCAUGAAAAUCAUUCGAUAUUUUAGUGUCUAAAGUAUGUAAUAUAUGAAAAGAUAAA